AUGGACGGAGCACAUCGGCGCUGCCUCCUCCUCCUCCUGCUCUGCCUGCUCCCACAGCAGAGCAUCCCAGGCCCGCCGCCACCUCUGGCUGAACCCCAGGAGCCGCCGCUGCCGCCGUCGGGCACCGCUGACCCCAGUGCCCGCAUCCUGCGCGGCCGCCCCUCGGCCCCGGUGCGGCCGUACAGCCUCUCGCUCUCACCUGAGGACUACCACUACUACCCCAAGCCGCGGCACCUGCGGCACGGGCAGCUGCGCCGGCUGCUGGGCUCAGCCUUCGACCCGUUUUGGAUGGCCACCGCGGAGCCGCGCCGCCGCAACAGCAGCAUCCUCGAGGACACCCUGGAGACCCAGAGCCGGGACCUGGCGGACGGCGCCGGGCGCUACCGCCGCAAGCUGUGGCGAGAGGCUGAGGGGCUGGAGCUGCCCGCGCUGGUGCCCCCUGAGCUGCAGGGCGCCGUGUCCCACAGCCUGCGGCAGUGGCUGGUGGAGCAGGCUGCCUGCCGCCUCACCUCCUCAUGGGUUGACCUGGGAGCUGUGUUCUGGCCGCGCUGGGUGCGCCACACUGCCUGCGAGACCGGGCCCCGCAGCUGCUCCUGGCCCCCCGGCAUGGGCUGCCGCCCCGCACAGCUCACACACAUCAAGCUGCUGGCCUGGCACUGCUGGGCAGUGCAGCAACCCGGGCCCCCGCGCUGCGCAUGGCGGCAGAUCCCGUACCCGGUUGUGGCCGCCUGCAAGUGCUCCUGCCGCUGA